AUGGGCCUGGGCCCGAAGGCCACCGAGAGCGACAUCAUGCGCUUUGUGUUUGGCCUGAACAUCCCGUUGGACAGCCGUGGGUUUGUACCGUUCCACCGAACCGUUUAUGAGCUGGUGCUGCGGGCCAACCAGGAGGAGAUUCCCGAGGGCGAGCUCAAGCGGCGAAUGGACCGCAUGGUGCGGCGCUUCCUCACGCGCCACGCUCCCAAGCAGGAGCAGGAGCUCAUGAACUUUCAGAUGGCAGUGACCGUGUUGAGGAUUCAGCGCAAAUGGCGACAGAUUGCAGCACGGCGUAAGGCGGAGCGUGAGGCCGCACGACCCAUGGUGCCUCGCCUGGACCUCAGCCGAGUACAGACCUGGGGCACAGGCCGGUAG